GUGAUCCAGCUGACGAGGAUGGACUAUGCCAUGAAGUCCCUGAGCCUCCUCUACCCCAAGUCCCUCUCCAGGUACGUGGCUGUGAGCACCUCCGUGGUGACCCAGCAGCUGGUGCCGGAGCCCAGCCCGGAGGCCCCCCGGGCCCGGCCCUGCAAGGUGAGCAGCGCAGACCGCAGCGUGCGGAAGGGAGUCAUGGCGCGCAGCCUCGCCGACCUCCUGCUCAAGGUCCAGGAUACACUGAUGCUGGCAGACAAGCCCUUCUUCCUGGUGCUGGAGGAAGAUGGCACCACUGUGGAGACAGAAGAGUAUUUUCAAGCCCUGGCAGAUGACACCGUGUUCAUGGUUCUCCAGAAGGGGCAGAAAUGGCAACCCCUCUCCGAGCAGGGGACUAGGUACCCACUGUCCCUCUCCCACAAACCUGCCAAGAAGAUUGACGUGGCCCGCGUCACUUUCGACCUGUACAAGAUGAACCCGCAGGACCUCUUCGGCUGCCUGAACGUGAAGGCCACGCUCUACGGCACCUACUCCCUCUCGUACAACCUGAACUGCUGCGGGGCCAAGCGCGUUGUGAAGGAAACUCUCCGCUGGGCCCUCAUGAGCAUGCAGGCCACAGGCCACCUGCUGCUUGGCACCUCCUGUUACAUGCAGCAGCUCCUGGACGCCACAGAGGGAGGGCAGCACCCCAAGGGCAAGGCCCCAUCCCUCAUCCCAACCUUUCUGAAGUUACUGCAAUGAAGGCCCAAGUUCUUGGAGA